UCGGGUCGGAUGUACACACGGAUUGAUCUGUGAGCUCCAGAGACUGUGUGUGUGUGUGUGUGUGUGUGUGUGUCAGGGGACUGUUUGCUGACGGAGGGCUGUGGAGACAGGUCCUUUCCAGCCUGGGUUACUACAGAGUCCUGUUCCUGCCCUGGAGCACAGAGGUACAGGAGGACCAGGGAGACACCGGCCAGGAAACACCUCCUCACUGCUCACCAUGUACCCACAGGGGAGACACCCGGUCCCCCUGCAGGCUGGCCAGUCGUUCAAGUUCACCGUCCUGGAGACUCUUGACCGGAUUAAGGAGGAGUUCCAGUUCCUGCAGGCUCAGUACCACAGCCUGAAGCUGGAGUGUGAGAAGCUGGCCAGUGAGAAGACAGAGAUGCAGAGACAUUACAUCAUGUACUACGAGAUGUCUUACGGCCUGAACAUUGAGAUGCAUAAACAGGCAGAGAUCGUCAAACGCCUCAGCGCUAUCUGCGCACAGAUUAUCCCUUUCCUGUCUCAGGAGCACCAGCAGCAGGUGGUGCAGGCAGUGGAGCGGGCGAAGCAGGUAACCAUGGCAGAGCUCAACGCUAUUAUUGGGCAGCAGCAGCUCCAGCACCUGUCUCAUCACACCCCCGGUAUCCCGUUGACCCCCCACCCGUCAGGCCUGUCCCUGGGGGGCAGCUCUGGCCUGCUGGCCCUCACCGGGGCCCUGGGGGUGUCUGCUCACCUGGCGUCCAAAGACGACCGUAACCACCUGGACCCUGAACACCUGAGAGAGGGAGCCCCUAGCCGGAGUAAGUCUGUCUCCUCCACGGACAGUCAGGCAGUGGAGGAGAGGCAGGGGCCCUCAGGAGUUUAUCCCUCACAGAGCGGAGCAGGAGACGCCAAGAGGAGGCGCUGUGAUGACAAAGACCUCCUCCAGUCACACUACGACAGUGAUGGGGAGAAGAGUGAGGAUAAUCUGGUAGUAGACGUGUCUAAUGAGGAGCCCUCUUCCCCAGUUGGCAGUCCAGCUCGUUCUCCACAUGGCAAUGGUUUGGAUCGCGCCCCCACCCUGAGGAAAGAGGUGCCCAGGUCCCCAAGCCCACCCACAACCUCUGUGUCCCCCCCACCGCAGAGCCCUACGCCAGGCAAGAGCAAGGACCCCUCACAGAUGGAGAAAUCUCUGUCUCCCUCCUCUAAAUCGGGCUGUUCUUCCCCCUCCCACCGAGAGGCUCUUACCCCCGGACCCCCGGUCCCUCAUGGCCCCCCGGGGCCCAGCACAUCCUGUCUGAGACUAGUCAGCAAAGCCCCCUCUGCCGCAGACCCCUUGGCUCUCCGUAGCCCCCUGUCGAUGACCCCUGGGUCAUACCCAGCGCAUUUCGGGGUAGUGUCCCAUGCGGGGCUGAACGGGGAACUGGCCAGUCCAGGGGGCUUUGGAGGGUCCCUAACCAUCUCCCCUCAAAUCAGCGCGGCUGCCAGUGCAUACACACGCAGCCCAGUGGUGGCGUAUGAGUCACGGGGCCACCUCAGGCCUCCGGGUCUUUCCUCCUCUCUGCCGGGUUCCAGCGGCGGAAAACCUGCGUACUCGUUCCACGUGAGUGCGGACGGACAGAUGCAGCCUGUGCCUUUUCCUCCAGACGCCCUGUUGGGCCCUGGCAUCCCGCGCCACGCCCGACAGAUCCACACGCUCAGUCACGGAGAGGUGGUGUGUGCCGUCACCAUCAGCACCUCCACCCGACACGUCUACACGGGCGGCAAAGGCUGUGUGAAGGUUUGGGACAUCAGCCAACCUGGCAGCAAGAGUCCCAUCGCCCAACUGGACUGCCUGAACAGAGACAACUACAUCCGCUCAUGUAAGAUCCUUCCUGAUGGGAGGACACUGAUCGUCGGGGGCGAGGCCAGCACCCUGUCAAUCUGGGACCUGGCCACGCCCACUCCCCGUAUCAAGGCGGAGUUAACGUCGUCUGCGCCUGCCUGCUACGCCCUGGCCAUCAGUCCCGACAACAAAGUUUGUUUCUCCUGCUGUAGUGACGGAAACAUCGUCGUCUGGGAUCUUCAUAACCAGACGCUAGUCAGGCAGUUUCAGGGCCACACAGACGGGGCGAGCUGUAUCGACAUCUCCAACGACGGGACCAAACUGUGGACGGGGGGGUUGGACAACACCGUUCGCUGCUGGGACCUGAGGGAGGGCAGACAGCUACAGCAACACGACUUCACCUCACAGAUCUUCUCUUUGGGCUACUGUCCUACAGGAGAGUGGCUGGCUGUGGGGAUGGAGAGCAGUAAUGUGGAAGUUCUCCACGUCUCCAAACCCGACAAAUACCAGCUCCACCUCCACGAGAGCUGCGUUCUCUCGCUCAAGUUCGCUUACUGUGGCAAAUGGUUUGUGAGCACAGGGAAGGACAAUCUACUAAAUGCCUGGCGGACCCCGUAUGGAGCCAGCAUUUUCCAGUCAAAGGAGUCGUCCUCGGUGCUGAGUUGUGACGUGUCCCCUGACGAUAAGUACAUCGUGACAGGGUCGGGAGAUAAAAAAGCCACCGUGUACGAGGUCGUCUACUGA